AUGGCUACCUCCACGUACGAUGUUACCUCCCAGACCUGCCGACGGUUCUCCCUCACCGGAAAGGAAUCGAAGAGGGAAAGCACGCCUAACGACCCCAGUUCACUGGCUACGAAGGUUGUUCUCCCCAUCUCACUCCGAGCCCAUCCGGUUCUAGGGCUUUUCCCUAGGGUCUCAGGGUGUUGA